UAGGUUCUUUCGUUCGCUAUUGGUGUAGUGUCCACCAGUGUAAAUUACACCAGUUACACCACCUUAUUUACCUUAGUUUACUUCCCUCCUUAUUCCUUAUACACAUUUCGGGUGUAAUUCACUCCUGCUAAAUAGCCGGUGGAGAAAAUAUCCACCAGUGGACACCACAUCGCCGACAGGAAGGUUUAGUGGAUUUUACACCGGGCCGAACGAAAGGUUUAGUGUACGUUGGUGUAGCUCAUUCCUACACCAGUGGGACGAACGAAAGAACCUAAUAUGUCUUAUCUCUGGUAAAGAGUUCAGGUGGAGUUCAGUGGUUCCAAGUGAAAGUCGUUCCAAAAAUAACAGAUACUGCUUCAGCGACACAACUCUAAUGUUCUGUUAUGAUCCCCAAGGGAAAAGCGAAAAUCUGAAAUUUCAUAUUAUUUAUGAUUACUAUUUAUAAAUAUAAAAGAACAUAAAAUCUAAGUAGUUAUUAGUGGAAAAAUUGUGAAAUGAGAUGACUAUAAAUGAAGCCUGUUGGAUGUACUGUCUAUUAUUAUGCUCAAACUGAUGUCUGUUGUCCCGACGAAACCAUUGCCGACAAAACAAUCUGAGGAAGCUGAUAAAUUGCUGAAACAGCUUUUGGAAUGCGUUCAAAACUGUCAAAAGAGAUUCGGCGGCAAAACGGAACUUGCCACGGAAUAUGACAGUUGCAUAGCAGGUCUUUGUUAUACUCUGGAGGCCGUUUUACUUUUUGGUUUGAAGACGAAAAUUUGCGCCAGCCAUAAUUCUUCGGCCAUCAAGCAAGUAUCAGAGAUUUUAAUAAAUACGUUGAAUACAGGAAAUGAAUAUUCUUCUUUUUGGUCGUUUAUUUACUGCCAUUUGACAAAGCACGAAAGAGAGCGGUAUACAAUUUUAAAGCACAUUUGGACUAAUACUGGUAGAGGAAGGGCUUGGAUUAGAUCUUCUUUAAACGAACGGUCCUUAGAUAGGUACUUUCACACUUUAUUAGGUAAUCAAGAAAUUUUAGCCGAAUAUUAUGAACCAUGGUCGAUACUUCGAGAUGAAGAAAAAAAUAGCAUGUUGCCAAAUAUGGCAGCAGGAUUAAAUUGUAUACUAUUUGCUAUUAGUAUCGACAAACCAGAACUCAAUAGUGGUGUAAGUCACAGACGAGAUAUUUACUCCUCCAAAACGGAACCUAUUAUAGAAGCGCCAAUAAGAGAUACAAACAAAGGAAUUUCUAAAGCAAAACGUAACAAAAAAGUCGCUCGACAGUUCAUAUCUUUCGAUGACGAUGCCAGCGACACUUCAACAAGCGUACCGUCUAGUUUGAGCAGCACCGAUUCUCAAAAUAGAAUUUUAGACAGGUAUAAACCCAAACAGUGUUACGAUCCAGUUAUAAACAAAGAAACAAACCAUUUGUACAGUGAAAUGGAGAGCUACGUGGAGAAAAAAGAUUCUGACGUUACUAAACCUUUAACUUUAGAAACUAGUGAAGCUAAAGAAAAUAACGCUACGGUUGUAGCUGAUUGCUUGACGCCGAUACUGCAGGAAGAAAUCGGUGAAAUCACACCAGUAUCUGUCGAGAUUGGUCAAGUUUUCGAAACGUUGGAUAUUUCUGGUGAAAUAUUAGAGACCCCUACUGAUAUUAGCGCGAUGCUCGGUACGAUCGAAAGCAAAAACAAAGACGAAUUAGACAAAAAACAAGAGAAAAUAAACUUUUUACUUAAAGAAAACGAAACGUUAAAGGAACAACUCGAAAGGUACAUAAGCGCCAUUCAAAUGCUGAAAGACGACAAAGAAGUCGACGGCAUCCUUGAAGAUUUGGACAUCGAGCAUUCACCUAAUUACAAAAUGGAGGCCACGAUGUUCGAAAGAAAGUUAGUUCAGGUUGCUGAAAUGCAUGCCGAACUGAUGGACUUCAACGUGAUGCUUCAAGAAAAUCUUUGUAAAAAAGAACUGAUGCUUGAAACAUUACAGAACGAAUUAGAAUCUCUAAGAGCUAUGAAUCCAACGUUGGAUUUGCGUAACGAUGGAAUGUCUGGUAAUGUCCAAAUUUGGAUACCGUCUGCGUUCUUAAAAGGAACUGGCUCUACCUCAUAUCACAUUUACCAAAUAUUCAUGCGGGCUGGAAAAGACGAAUGGAACGUAUAUAGGCGGUACGCCCAAUUUUACACCUUUCACACGGAACUAAAAAAACUCGAUCCGGCAGUGGGCGCGUUCGAUUUUCCGCCGAAAAAAAGUUUACGCAACAAGGAGUCUUACGUGGUCGAAGAUAGGAGGAAACGUUUUCAAAUAUACUUGAGAAGAAUUAUUGCGCAUUGGCCUGAAUUAUCUUCUUGCAAUAGUCGAAUUUUAUUGGAGCAGCAAUUGCCAUUUUUCAAAGAUCAACGAGAAGAUAUGUUUAAUAAAAACGCAAAUAAUUCGUUAGUAAACUCAAGAUCGCCAACCGAUAUUCAUUCAGGGCUUUAAUAUUAUAUAUUUUAGUUUUUUAUUCAAUCAUACUCAAUAUUGUGCCCAUUAUUAGUGAAUUUGUACAUUCAGUAUCAAACAGAAGUUUGAUAAAAAAAAACUUUUUACGUUUACAUGAUAAAAUUGUAGUAUUCAACUUACUUAUACCUCAUUAUAUAGAUAGUUACUAAUUACUUGAAGAAACACGAGUGUUAGAAAAGGCGGUGUUAAAGAAAUAUACACUGAGUCCCAUAAUAAAUUUUACACAGCCAAAGCGAUUUGCUUCGAUUUGACAGUUGACAAGUUUUUUUUUUAAUUAAUUAUUUUAGAAUACUUCGUUAUCAUUAUACAGCCAUUCAAUAUUUAAAUCAAUUUUUUAAGUAUGUUACAAAUUUUGGUAGAUCCUUGCUUCAUACAUUAUUUUUCUCCACUCAUCCAUAUUUUUGCAUUUAGGUCUGUUAUUCUAGUAUUCUUGUAUCAUUUUCUAUAUCAUCUCGCUAUCUUUUCCUCAUUCUUCCUCUUCGCCUCGUUCACAGUGAAUACGUUAUUUCUUAUAUUUUUAACAAGUCUGUCUAUUUCUCCUCAUUAUAUGUCCUACCCACUUCAGACGAUGAAUGUUUCGCCUCGUAAGUUCAUCUUUCUUUAUUGGUUUUUAGUCUUCAUUUUUCAUUAAAUUUGGGCCUAGUAUGACUUUCAAUAUUUUCUUCUUUACUAUUUUUAGGUCUUCUUUUUUAUUUAUUGUUGCUGUUUCGGUUUUAGUUUUUAGAAUAUUUCUGUUUCUACCAUAGGCUUGGUUUUCUUUAAGAAUCCGUUUCUGUUCUUAGGUAUUUCUGCUUAUUGCUUUCUUCUCUUCCUACUUUUAUAUAUUUUAUUUUGUUCUAGUUUAUUUCUAUUUCAAAUUAUCUAGCUUCUUCAUUUAUUAUUUCUAUUGCUUUUAUUAGUUUUUUUGUCUCAAUGAUUUUGUCUUUGUGUUGUUCAAUGUCAGUCUCAAUAGCUUUGGCAGUUUUUUUUUAAAUCUACUUUCAGGACACUCAUUGGACUUAGCCAUUUGCAAAUUACUGUACAUAUAGUGUGUGAGGAGGGGUGCGUUGGCAUCGAAAUGGUCCAUUUGCCACAGACUUUUAUACACAUUUGACUAAGGCCAUAGUAUGUAAUAUUUUUAGCAAUUUUUAAUACAGAAUGCAUUGUAAUCAUGGAUACUGUGACUUGCACAGUGGGAAACAGGUCUUUAGGGCUGACACAGUAUGUGUUUCCGAGGUAACUUUUUCUAUGAAUAUUAUGUAACUUUUGCGAUCCACUGCCUGACAUAUAAUUGUAAAAUAUUUGUGGUAGACAGGUGAUUUUUAGUUAAAAUAUGGCCCGUUAAUAAAAAUUUUGAUGCGUUUAUUAAAUACAUUGCUCAACUAAUUCAUUUCUAUGUAGAUAUAGCCUGUUUAAAUUAGUGGGCUGGAUUGAUAUACGGCCUAAAACAUGUUCGUUUUUCCAGAAAUCUGAAUUCUUCCAUAUUCUAGCAGCUUGAGUUUUUUAAAUUAAAAUGGCGGCUCGUGUUUUGUUGCCUGUCAAUUUUGGUGUGUUUUGUUAAUAAAAUUCAGUGCAUUCCAGGAAAAUAGAGGCGUGUCCAUUCACAUAUACUUUUAAUCGCCAUAAUAACGAUUUAAAAAAGAUUUGAUCAUAAAUAUUUUUUAUCGAUCAUUCAUCCUACUACCACCCAUAUGGCCACUACUUAAAGAUUGUAUUUUUGUAAUGGUUUGGCCAACUACCAAAAGAACUUUAGAUAUUCUAGGCUAAACCAGUGGAUAAAUCGAUGUUUUUAGUUUUUUUUAUUCUUUCUUGCUAAAAAAAAUUAAACCGAUUUUACUCCGCUGUUAGGAAAUAACUAAUAUCUAGUUAAUUGUUAAACUUUUGUUUGUAAAUUUUUUACCUGUAAAUUUGUAUAUCAUAAAAUCUUAGACUAGAAAAGAGAGGGGACGUGUAAUUUAGACCGAACAGAGGACUGUUAACAUAUCGAUAGGCGAUAGACAUAUCGAGUGGAGUCAUUUGCGUUCGUAUUUUUAGCUGUACAGUUAUAUUAUUAAGUUAAUACAAUGGUAGUGUGUUCAGCUUAUGCCUCUAAAAUUGCAUUUCACAGGUAAAACUCAGUGUGUCCCGGAUUGGUGCUGGUAUCUCGGUUAAAUAGACAAUAUUUUGAUUACCAAUUCAGAACUGAUAUUAAAUUUUAUCAAUUAUUGUUCUUCGUUUUUUAAAUAAUUCUGAAACAGUUUUGAAAUGGUAAUAAAAUCCUGAAAAACAUUGCCCGUUUGACCGAUUUUUGUAUCUCUUAUAAUAACCGAGAUAGAAAUACAUGCAGUACCAAUCCACAAUGUAUAUUGGACAAGUUAAUAACACGACUGUAAUACUAAUUGGUUAAUAUUUCAAAUGAGUCGUACUUAGUCUGAUCGUAAUAUAACCCGAAAAAUAAUUUAUCAAAAUUUGAGGGUACACAUUGAUAUUCUCAUUCGUUAAAACCUUGAAAAUGUUGAAUAUAUUAUCGAAAUAUAUAAUGAUAGUUAUAAAAUAGUUUAUUCAUUUUCACAGAAUUUGUUUACAUAUUUUUAUUACUAAUUAUCUAUUUUAGAUUUCCUCUGAAAUAUCCAGAAAGACAUUUUAUUUGGAUUAUUAAAAUCGAGACAUUGCUCAUUUCAUUCACUUCUGGUUACGCCACUGUCUAAACCUUAGACAGAGAAAGAUACAUUUUGUCUUCCGUGCAAAACAAUCGCAUAUAUGCUAAAUUAGUGAUGACGUAAUUUUGGUUCCACUGACAACUACAGUGACAGUAUUGUUUUGAGUGCGUUUUGUUCGUUUUGAAUAACCUAAAUUAUUAAGUUUUUAAAUUUGUAUAAAUAUAUUUCUAGAGUAAAUAGAUAACAUAUCUGCCAAAAUAACAAUUUUAAACAAAGUAUCAAGUAUAUAAUCAUUUAGUAACCAAUUACAUACCUUUAAACUACUUUUUAUGACCAGCAAACGAUAUUUAAUAAAAAUAAACACAGUAAAAACAUAUGUCAAUUGUUAAAAGUUUGGUUAGAAUUAACUGUCAGUGGAACCAAAAUUACUUCACACUUUUAUGGCGUAUUGGAGUUCGGAGUUGUGCAU